AUGGCACCACUAGGUGAAGCAAAUCGACGAUCGUUUAACAACAGUGAUAACCUUGUUCUCCGACACUCAAUGUUGACUACUGGCAAUGAACCUUUAUUCGAUGUCAAGUAUAAAGUUCUGUUACUCGGAGAUACUCUCGUUGGCAAAACAUCAUUGCAACGCUUCAUUGCGGGAAAAGAUUUUCGAACAGAUAUUGGCGCGACGAUCGGCGUUGACUUUGUGAAUAAAAUUAUUCCUGUCGAGCAGUCAAAAGUCAAUCUACAGAUAUGGGACACCGCCGGCCAAAGAAAUUUCCGAACAAUCGGCCGAGGUUAUUAUGCUUCGACGAAGGCAUUCAUCCUGGUUUAUGAUGUUACUAACAUGGAAACGUUUCGCUUAAUUGAAAAUUUCAAUCACCUAAUCGAACAAGCUGGAUUAGAUAUCGAACGACGAUAUUUAAUUGCUAACAAAGUCGAUUUGAUUGAAGAUCGCAAGGUAGACGAAGAACUAGGUCAACGGUUUGCUUUACGAAAUAGUAUGACUUAUUUUGAAACAAGCUGCAAAACGGGUGAAAACAUUCAAGAUUUAUUCGAACAAAUUGCAUCUGACCUUGUCCGUCAACAUAAUCCUAGACUAUUGGAAUCUCACGUUCCGCUGUUUAAUAAUUUCGCUUUUAAUUACUAUGUACCUCCGACAAUCGAUCAUAAACUGAGCGAGAAACUACGAAGUGCUCAUCAGCAACAGAUGAACCAAUCGAAAAAGAAAGCUAAAUUCAAACUUUUAACACCCAAUUCUCAUCUCGGCAAUCAACGCUUUCAUUUUCGUCGCUUUCUUAUCUGCUGCAGUCCGACAGAGACCGAUGCUUAA